AGAGACUUUUCCAGACUUUUAACCGUCGCAGAGCGAAAGCCGAAGCGUGCGACGCCCGCGAGAGCGAUUCGGGGAAAACGCAGGGGAUAGGGAGGGGGGCGCUUCCUUUUCGUAUCGAAAUCCGGCACCGCAACUCCCAGCUUCGUCUCGCUCCUCUCGCUCUCUCUGUUCUUUUCGAAUUUUUUGGUUUUCUCCUUUUUGGAGUCUUUUCCCUCCCGCACCGGCCGUGUCUCCAGUGUACGUACACCCCAACUCACACGCUGCGUGUGCCCGAACGGAGGUUCCUGCGGGGGUGGAGGAAAGGCGUUUUUUCCGCGAAGCUCCGCUUUUCCCUCUUUUGUCGCGCUCUCACCCGGGCUGCAAGCACCGGGAAGGCCUUCUUUUCUCCGUGCUUUCUGCCUGAAGUUUUUGUCGCCGCCUGUGUGCGUCUCUGUGGAAAGCCUCGGAUGCCGAGACUUCGAGGGCGCCUUCCAGCUCUCUUGGGUUCUCACGAAACCUGGCGCCUGUUCUCACCGUUCGUCUCCCCCUUUUCUUCUGCUUGUCCACCUCCAUCUUUUCCACCUCCAUCUUGUCCACCUCCAUCUUUUUUCACCCUGUCUUCUUCUUGGUCUCUUUUGUCUCGUGUGCUCGGUGCUGCUGGUGUCGACCUGUUCGUUCUGGGGCUACACUCCCAAUAUCCCAGAACCCAGAACCGCGAUUUGACCGGCGCCUUUCUCUCUUCCUCUCUCCUUUUCAUUGGUCGCCGUGUCUGCGUCUCGCGAUGGCGAAGGAACGCGUCGCCCCGUUCGAGUUCGGCGCCGCGUUGCCCGACUGCUUUCCGCGCGACUCUGCGGUGUCUCUGGCUCCUCCGCAAUUCGACCCUGCGCUCCGAGAGACCUCCUCGUUGUCUCCUCUCGAAGCUUCGCGCCUGUCUACUCUCCCCGAGGCUCUCCCGACUCUGCCGUUCUCCGCUGCUUCGCGCGCUCAAGCAGGAUCUGAGCCGGCCGCGGCUGCGGACGCUCCUUUGGCCUGGCCGGCGCUGACGCCCUUCCCUCAGUCCACUUCGUCCGCGUUUUUCUCCAGAGAGCCGCGCCCCGCGCAUGCAGUGACUCGCGGUGGCCCUCAGAAGCGCUGCGCCGCCGCCUUCGACUCCUCGCGGUCCUCCUCGCUCGACGCGGAUUGCGGCUGGGGUGUGCAGACACCCGACUCGGCGCUGUCGGGCGCGGAGGAGGAGCGGAGUGGGGACAACGCUCCUUUCUUCGACCGCAAGCGCCUGCGGCGCUCGCCGCUCUCUGCGUUCGCAGACAAGUCUUGCUGUCGACCCAGGAAGCUCUUCGGAGUGGCGCACAGCCGCCAGGUCAAGAAGGUAGUGACGAAGCGACUGGACUGUCUAGACACCGCGUCGUCGCUCCCUUCUCUCGCUAUCCCUCUCUCCGACGCGCUUCGUUCUUCAGCCCCUGCCGGCUGGCUCGCGCCGCCUGCCUCGACGUCGGAGUCGCUUUUCUCUUCUCUCCUCUCGUCUUUUCCGACGCCUUGCUCCUCCCAUGUUCCCUCGGAGGACUCUCUCGACGUCUCCGCACUGGGGCCUCUGCAUGCAGACUCGCGUGCGUCUUCUCUGCCUCGCUUUCUCUCUUCUCCGCCGAAAAGUGACAACUUCUCAUGCUCGUCAGACAGAGCGCCUCCGUCGGCUCUACGUCCUUUGUCUUCACAGCCGUCUCCCUCUUUGCCUGUGCACCCCUCUGCUUCGUUUUCGCUUCCUGCUUCCUCGGCUUCGUGGACGUUGUCGUCGCCUCUCGCUGCCGCAGAAGACUGCCUUGGAGAAUGCAUCCGGCGGCAGAGCGCUCUCGUCUCGGCGGAAGUUCAGAUGUCUCCCUCUGGCGAGUUCAGGGCCGCGGAAGCCGCAGUGCAUGCGUCCGAGGAGGCGCAGACCGCCGGAGAAAGAGCAUCGGGAGAGAGAGGAGAGUCCCGCGAGGAGCGCGAACUGACGGCGGCGCAGUGGGAUGUGAAGCGAAAGAUGCAGGAGACACUUGAGCAGCAAAUGCAGCUGUACAGACAGCAGAUGCGACAGAGCGAAAGCAGCUUCCUGCCCGCGUGGGGAGGCGCCCCCAGCAUGGAAACCUUUUGCCUCUAACGUCCAGCGGAAAUUUCAACAUCCCCCCUCAAAACAAUCGACCUUCCCUCCUCUCCAAACACAGAAAUACCCGCUGCAUUAUGCACAUAUAGAUGUAUGUAAACAGAGUAUAUAUAUCGAAACCCUAUCGAUCUAUCAAUAUAUAUAUAUAUAUAUAUAUAUAUGAUAUAUAUAUGAUAUAUAUAUAUAUAUAUGUAUAUAUAUAUGAUAUAUAUAUAUAUAUAUACAUAUAUAUGUAUGGAAGUGUAUGCUUGUACAUGUGUGUACGCAUAUGUGUUUGUGUGAGGAAUUGCUUUGAGGCCAAAACUGCUUUUGGACUUUGCGAGGCGACCGGAUUGCCGUUCGUCACGAGACGAUCCACGAUAUGUGGUGGACUGUUUGCUCAGCAUGCAGUCGACUUGCCUUAGAGGCCACAGUCGCAUUUUUCACCGAAUCGGUUUGACUUUUUCGAGUUCGCGGACAUCUCGGAGACGCCUCUCAGAGCGUUCCGCCUUCUCGCGUCUCUCCGCGCAAGUCACUCUGUGUCUGACGUUCCGGUUUCGAAGUAUGUACGACGGGAGGCGCCCUAUCGUUUCGCAGAUUCUCCUCCCGUUCGAGCAGCCGAAAUGCAGCGUUCUGCGGGGUUCGUUCCACUGUGGCUGUUCUUCGGAGGCGCCUCCUUUGUUUUUUUUCGAGACUUUUUUCUGAAGCUUGAAACACCGCGCAGAAGGGAAGCGAACGCAUGCAGGCCUCAAAACCGCUGGGACGCACGUGGACCUUCGACAGCGGAACGUCACGGGUUGUCGCUUUUGUGCAGAGAGCGAUCCAAUUCUCUCUUUCGUGGAAAAGAGGUCGCCUCCUGCUUGAGCGUUUCCUGCAGUCUUCUCUUCGCGCGGAAACUCGAGAAAAAGAAAUGUGCUCCGACACCUGACGUUUGUCACCGCUGCAUGCUCGUUUUUUAAGUAUUUUUGCUCGUUCGUCAUGCGCGCCCGCCGACAGGAACUCUGUGUCUCGCGUCGCGAAAACAGGAAGAGACUCAGCAUGCAUGCAGAUGCUUCCAGC